AUGGGGUUCCUGGCAAGCCCAUGGGGCCUCCUCAUUCAUUUCCUGACUCUGCACCUCCUCCAGCUGGGAUCAGCGGACUUCAGAGUGGUGGGACCAAGGCGACCUCUCCUUGCCACUGUGGGGCAGGACGUCGUUCUGCCCUGUCACUUGUCCCCACGCAUGGAUGCUCGAAGCUUGGAGAUCAGGUGGAUCCGGCACAAGCUCUCUGAAACGGUGCACCUCUACCAACACAGAGAGGACCAGUAUGGCGAGCAGAUGAAGGAAUAUGCUCGAAGGACAGAGUUGGCCAGAGAUGGUCUCUCCAGUGGGAUCCUGGACUUGCGAAUCUCUGGGUUGAGACCCUCUGAUGAUGGCCAGUACGUCUGCACUGUGCGAGAUGCUGCCUCUUAUGGAGAUGCUACAGUGGAGCUGGAGGUGGCAGCCUUGGGCUCUGUCCCUCUCCUCUCUCUGGAGGCUUACGAGGAUGGAGGCAUCCGGGUGGUGUGUCGAUCAGCCGGCUGGUACCCAUCACCGCACGUGCUGUGGAAGGAUGGCAGCGGGCAGCAUCUCCCCUCGGUCUCCCAGAGACGUUCCCCUGAUGAGAGGGGCCUCUUUGAGAUCACAGAUGUCAUCAUUGUGAGCGGGAAGGGAGAUGGGAAGGUGUCGUGCGUGGUGAGGAACAGCCGCCUGGAGCAGGAGCAAGCGUCAUCCCUGCACAUCUCAGCUCCCUUUUUCCACAAUGCCCAUCCCUGGAUGGCAGCUCUGGUUGUGUUCCUCCUGCUUUCUGUGGUGUCAACUGCCCUCAGUGCUUACCUCUUCCGAAGGAAAGUGGUGCAGUCCCGAGCGCUGGGGAAACGAGAUGCAGAACUGGAGGAACAAGCUGCACUGUUGGCUUGGAGAAAGUUUCUGCUUCCUGAAAAUCCAGACGUGGUGACCCUGGAUCCAAACACGGCUCAUUGUGGACUUGUCCUUUCGGAGGAUUUGAGAAGUGUGAAACGUGGACCCACGCGGCAGAACCUGCCUGACACCCCCGAGAAAUUUAGUUCUUCGCCCUGUGUGCUGGGCCAGGAGAGGUUCCGGGAGGGGAGGCACUGCUGGGAGGUGGAGGUGAAGGGGGAGGAACCCCUCUUGGACCCCCUGGAACCUCUUGCAACCCCGGAAUCCUUUGCAUCCCCUGGGCUCUGCCUGACACCGUACUCACCGUGA